AUGGCCGAUGAUAAUCUCAACUUGAAUGAAUACAAUGGCGGUCCUAUGGUGGGCACGUGUAUAGCAUUCCUCAGCUUGACAUGGCUGGCCGUGGGGCUGAGGACAUACACGAGGGCAGUGGUGAUUAAGAGUGUCCAAGAGGAUGACUGGCUCAUGCUCUUGGCUCAGGUCAUCUUCACCCUCUCCUGCGCCUUCGUUUUUGCUGGUGUGCAAGAUGGAAUGGGAAGACAUAAUGCUGCCAUUACUGAUGAUGAAAAAAAAGUCUCGGCUCUGAUGUGGCAAUCAUUGGCCACCGUCACAUAUAUCAUCAACAUGAUGUUCAUCAAGAUGAGCAUCGGCAUCUUUCUCCUGCGCGUUUCUGCCCGAAAAGUCUACAAUUGGAUCAUAUGCGUCAGCCUGGUCAUCAUCGGCAUAUGGAGCCUCGUCAUCUUCUUUUUCGACAUCUUUCAGUGCAACCCUGUCCAGAAACAGUGGGAUUUUCGGAUUCAGGGAGGAAAGUGCGCAUCGCCCGACGACAUUAUUGCUGCUGCGUACGCUAUCAGCGUCAUGACAAUUGCAUCUGACUGGCUAUAUGCACUCCUUCCGAUACCUAUGCUGUGGUCGGUCAAGAUGACGAGCCAGGCCAAAGGAACUGUCAUUCUCAUCCUUGGCCUUGGAAUCUUCGCUAGCAUUGCCACUCUCAUCAGAAUCAAGUUCUUGGGCUCGCUUCAAGACACCAAUGAUUUGCUAUGUAUGUCCCAUCUCAACUUCUCGGCAACAGAUGUAAUGAUAUGGACCAUAAUUGAACCCGGAGUAGCCAUUGUUGCUUCCAGCCUUGCCACGAUCCGGCCUCUCUUACGCGCCAUGAAGAUUCAUGGCUUCGAAUCAACAGGACGCACGCGCAGCGCCCCCUCUGGCUACGCGAGACACACUGCUGAUGAUGGAAACAUGGCCACCAUCGGCCAAGCCUUUGGACCCAAUGAUGUUUCUCUAAAGCGCGUCGAACCCAGCUACGAUACAGCAGCACCAGACCCUUCGACAAAGACGACCAUUGGCUUGACCUUUGACCAGUCUCACACCAGCAGGGGGACGCCAGCUCGACUGGAUACUCAGCAGCAGGGGAGCCGUGCCGACGACGGCAAGGAAUAUUCCCCGUCGCGCAGUGUCAACACAGCGACAUCACACGCCAAUACCAAUUCCUCCUCAUUCGACGACAUCCACAACCUUGAAGCCCAGAGCCAGGAAAACGGGUACUUUGAAUACGGCUCCGGCAAGAGGGGACGCUAG